AUGGACGACAACGAUGCGCGGGAGGAGAAGAGACGCCAACCCGUGAAGCGCGCUUGCAAUGAGUGUCGGCAGCAGAAGCUUCGAUGCGACGUCAUUCAGGAUCCAUGGAGCGAUUGUUCGCGAUGCCGUCGACUGAGGCUUGAUUGUAAAAUCGAGUCAAAUUUCAAACGUGUUGGCAAGCGCAGCCGCAAUGCGGAGAUGGAGAGGGAGAUAAUGGAGCUCCGGAAGCAGAUUGCCACUGGCCAACAUGUCCCUGGAAUGUCUCAACAGCAGCAAACAUUGUCAGGAGGACAAUUGACUCCCAAGCAAGAAUCGAAUCAAGUCAGUCCUGCGGUCUACCAAACUCCAUCCGCCAUGUCCGCCGAUCAGUACAUGGGAUCGCAAGAAGCUGUUGCGUCCCUCUUGGACCUGCGUUCGGGCUUCGACAGUACCAAUUUUAUGAGGAACGGCGCACAAAUCAAACGAAUUGAAGAUGUCAUGAUUGGUCCCGAGAAAGUGGCGGAACUGUUCAAUUUAUUUUUCACAUAUUACCACCCUUUCCUCCCGUUUUUGGAUCGAAAGCAGUCGCCCGACGACUAUUAUAAUUCCUCUUCAUUACUCUUUUGGACAAUCAUCAGUGUCGGCGCACGACGCUAUCAGGGCGAUUCUAAUCUGUUAAAUUCUCUUGCUGGUCCUGUCAGCCGGCUUGUCUGGAGCACUUUGGCAGAUAUCCCCCAAAGCUAUCAUGUUGUCAAGGCGCUCGCUUUACUAUGCUCAUGGCCGUUCCCCACAAGCAGUACCUCAACCGAUCCAACGUUCAUGUUGUGUGGAAUGAUGGUACAGGUUGCGAUGCAGCUUGGUCUCCACCGGCCGUCUUACGCGCAAGACUUUAGUAAGUUCCGAGUAGAACUUAUGGAGGAUGAGUUGAGAGACAAGGUGCGAACAUGGGCCAUUUGCAAUAUUGUUGCUCAAAGAGUUUCCACCGGCUAUGGACAGCCAUCAUCCACUCUUUAUGACUGGACAUUGUCCUCGAGCGAUUCACUAGACCCUAGCUUCAAGCUUCCAGAAGAUAUCAGGCGAAGAUUGGAGAUUGAGAAGUUUUGUGACAGGAUCACUAGAGCACUUUACACAAACCGACGCGAUCCUGUUGGUUUGACUAGUGAUCAUGAACGUUCCACAAUGAUUUCUUUUCUCUCCAGAGACUUUGAGGAGUUAGAAGAAGAACUCAAGCAGCAGAAUGACUGUAUCACGAACUUGUUCCUUCAUGCCGGAAACCUCCAUUUGCAUCUUUCGGCCUUCUUUGACGAGCCGAGUGCAAAGAAUUAUCGCGAGCGCGUCUCAUCACUCUAUGUCGCAACGACAACGUUCCUCGAAGUUGUCUUAAACCUCGAGACUGAGGUCGGCCCAGUCCUGUCUUACACCCCGUACUAUGUUUAUCAGAUGAUGGUAGCCGCCGGCUGCACCCUGCUGAAGCUAUGCAAAAGCUUCUUCGCCUCCCACAUAGACAUGGACUACACCAAACACCUAUUCAACCGUACAAUCUGGGCCAUCCGAGGAGUUUCGGCGUCCAGUAAUGAUCUUCCCGAGCGCCUUGCUGAAGUCUUGGCCCAGAUGUGGAGACUGGGAGGAGCCACUCAACGGUCUACCAACGGUACCGAUCUUGAUGACUCUCUGCGGCUCAAAGUACGCUGCCGGAUGAGUAUGUCUUUACUUUUUGACUCUGUGUGGCGUUGGCGGGAAGAUGCCCGGACAAAGGACCGAAACCUUGAAGCCUAUUUGAAAAAUCCAACAAACCCUGACUCGGCGGCUGAUUCUUCGGUCGCUUCGUCCGUUGGGCCUCUACACCCAGCUACAGCCACCCCUGGAAUCUCCGGGAAUGAUCCAAGCCUUGCCCCGGCACCUCUAUUGUCCCAGGCUACUCUUGGGAUUCAAACACCCACAACCCAACCCAGUGGUCUUCCAAGCGGUCUCGUUGAACCAAACUACGAAGUCUUUGAUCCGUUGAACUGGCUGCUUGACGGUCUGGUAGACCUGCCUUAUUCAUACUCAACUAUGGGCGGAAUGGAACCUCAGGGCAUUGCUUAA